AUGAGUAAUUUUCCUUGGCUAACUACCAUUGUUCUUUUACCUGUAUUUGCAGGUUGUGUAAUUCCAUUCUUCCCUAAUAAAGGAAAUAAUCUUAUUCGAUGGUACACCUUAGGUGUUUGUUUAUUAGAAUUUCUUUUAAUAACUUAUGUAUUUUGUUAUUAUUUUAAGUUUGAUGAUCCAAUUAUUCAAUUAAAAGAAGAUUAUAAUUGGAUUGAUUUUUUAGAUUUUCAUUGGAGAUUAGGUAUUGAUGGACUUUCGAUUGGACUUAUUUUAUUAACAGGUUUUAUUACUACAUUAGCUACUUUAGCAGCUUGGCCCGUUACUCGAAACCCACGAUUAUUUUAUUUUUUAAUGUUAGCAAUGUAUAGUGGUCAAGUAGGAUUAUUUGCAUCUCAAGAUAUUUUACUUUUCUUUUUUAUGUGGGAAUUAGAAUUAAUUCCAGUUUAUUUACUUUUAUGUAUCUGGGGAGGUAAAAGGAGAUUAUAUGCUACUACAAAAUUUAUUUUAUAUACGGCUGGUGGUUCCAUUUUUAUUUUAAUGGGAGCAUUAACUAUGGGAUUUUAUGGUUCUAAUCAAUUAACAUUAGAUUUCCAAAAUUUAUCUAAUAAAUCAUAUCCUUUAGAAUUAGAAAUUAUAUUAUAUUUAGGUUUUUUUAUUGCCUAUGCUGUAAAAUUACCGAUAUUUCCUUUACAUACUUGGUUACCAGAUACUCAUGGAGAAGCACAUUAUAGUACAUGUAUGCUUUUAGCUGGAAUACUUUUAAAAAUGGGAGGAUAUGGAUUAAUUCGAAUUAAUAUGGAAUUAUUACCACAUGCUCAUUCUAUUUUUGCACCAUGGAUAGUUGCAGUAGGAGCAAUUCAAAUUGUUUAUGCAGCUCUUAUAUCUUUUAGUCAGCGUAAUUUAAAACGAAGAAUUGCUUAUUCCUCAAUAUCACAUAUGGGUUUUGUACUUAUUGGUAUUGGUUCUAUGACAGAUGUAGGUCUUAAUGGCGCUAUCUUACAAAUGGUUUCUCAUGGAUUAAUUGGUGCUGCACUAUUUUUCUUAGCUGGAAUAACUUACGAUCGAACACGUACUUUAUUUUUAGAUCAAAUGGGAGGAACAGCUAUUUAUAUGCCUAAAAUAUUCACUAUGUUUAGUAGUUUUUCAAUGGCAUCAUUAGCAUUACCUGGCAUGAGUGGAUUUGUAGCAGAAUUUUUAGUUUUUUUAGGAAUAGUUGUUAGUAACAAAUAUUCGUUUAAUUUUAAAAUACUUGUUACAAUAAUAGAAGCAAUUGGAAUAAUUUUAACCCCUAUUUACUUGUUAUCAAUGCUACGCCAAAUGUUUUAUGGAUAUAAGUUUUCUAAGUUUACCACUUUUUCUAAUUCUAAUAUGGACGCAGGUCCACGUGAAAUUUUCAUUUUAGUUUGUUUAAUUUUUCCUAUUGUAGGUAUUGGUCUUUAUCCUAAUUCAGUUUUGUCUUUAUGGAACAGUAAAGUAAGUUUUAUUUUAUCUAAAUUUAUUGUUUAA